GACAGCGGCCAUCUUGAUAACUAAAGCAUCGUCAACAUUUAUACACUUUUACCUCGCGAUUUUACAAUUUUUUCCAGUUUAAAUUAGAUCAUAGUUUGUAUAUAGUUUUAAUAAUAGUUUGUAUAUAGUUUUCACUAGUUUGUAUAUAGUUUUCAUAUAGUUUUCUCGUCGUUUUUGGCGUGGAAAUGAGCGAGACAAGUGAGCUUUCCCUCGAGGAAGUCAACACAUGGAAGGUGGACGCUCUCAAGUUAUUUUGCCGUAAACGAAAUCUUAAAACUUCUGGAGCUAAAGCUGAACUUGUAGCCCGUGUGUUUGCAGCAUCAGAGAUGGGAAUCCAAGUACAAGCAUCGGCUAAAGAACUAAUGUGCAUCACGGAGUCUGAGAGAGCGAAGCUAUUGUUUACUCCUGAGGGCAGCAAGCUUCCCGAUCCUCUUGGGCUAAAGGACGGAUGGAUUGAUGAAAAAGAUGGGCUAACAUCAUGGCCUCCUAUAUUUCUAAGUGACAUUACGAAAUAUCUGAUGGCUGAUCAUCCUGGAAAGGAUAUUAAACUGCACGAACGGGUCAUGAAUGAGUACAAAGAGGGGAAAGCAUACCGCUUAUUUGACUCGGGCUUUCUGAAAGAAGUUUUCUACCAUGAACUAGAAAAUAUGGAUUUUUGCUUCUUGAAAGCAAAAUGUACGCAUUCGAUGAAGGUUGGUGAUACACCACAUACAUCAUGGAUUUGUUCAAGAAAAAAUGGAGAGAUUAUCAGUGCCUACUGUACCUGUACUGCUGGUAUGAGUGGUUCUUGUAUUCAUGUGAUGGCACUGCUGUUCAGAAUUGAAGCAGCAAACCGUUUGGUAUGA